UGUAAGUAUUUUUGAAAACUUUGGGUGUCAUAUUUUAUAUGUAUUAACAGAAAAAAAGGUAUGUAAAGCCUGAGAGUCCAGGGAUGAUUUCCUGACAAAAACUGGUCAGUUUGACGAAGGAAUUAUUUGAGUUUGGCCUUUUUUUGAUGUGUAACAAACACAAUUUAGAAGUCAGAACAGAGACUGCAGGGCCCACAAGUGGGCUAAGCAACCCACCAAUCACGGCGCAGCUCCGCCCUAUAUAUACCGCUGGUCGAAGCCGUUCCUUUUUAGUUCGCAUAAAUCUAGUUUCCUACUUCUACUUUUGCCCACGUUGUAUGAUUAUGUCGGAAACAGCGCCUGCGGCUUCUUCUGAUCCUGGUUCUACGAUAGCCACUGCGCCACCUCCAGUACCUGCAGAGAAGGCGCCCACGAAGAAGGCCAAGAAAGGAGGGCGGCCUAAAGCUGUAGGUCCCCCGGUAUCAGAGCUUAUAACCAAAGCAGUGGGUGCGUCCACUGAACGAAAUGGGGUGUCCCUCGCAGCUCUCAAGAAGAUCCUUGCUGCCAGUGGCUAUGAUGUGGAGAAGAACAACAGCCGGAUUAAGUUGGGUUUGAAGAGCUUGGUAAACAAAGGCACCUUGGUGCAGACCAAAGGAACUGGGGCUUCCGGCUCCUUCAGGCUCAACAAGAAAGUGUCUUCAGGCGAAACCAAGAGCAAGGCCAAAAAGUCACCUUCUGUUAAAGCUAAGAAACCUGCUUCUAAGAAACCUAAGAAAGCUCCUGGAUCAGCAACUGUCAAGAGCGUGAAAACGCCAAAAAAAGCAAAGAAACCGGCAGUGGUUGGAGCCAAGAAAACAGUCAAGAGUCCCAAGACUAGUAAAGCAGCCAAGCCCAAGAAAGUAAUCAAGAGUCCGGCUAAGGCCAAGGCAGUGAAACCUAAGGCUAAGGUUGCUAAAUCUAAGGCUGUUAAGCCUAAGAAAGUGUUGCCCAAAAAGAAGUAAAUUAGCUGUCAAUUUCUUUCUAGAAACCCCCAAAGGCUCUUUUAAG